UUCCCUUGGGCAACCGAGGCAUUCUGUUGGUUGCAGGGCAGCCCGGUGGUGGCGGCGGUGGCAUACGGUCUGGGGGAAAAGAAAAUCUGGAAAUUUUUGGCCAAGCGGAGCUCCGGUGGUGGCGGCGACAGCCGUCGGCAGAGGCGGCCGGUGAACGGCUUCCGGAAUCUAGGCGGUGGCUUGCGGCGGCAGGGGGGCGGUGGUGGCGAGGGCAUUUUGGCAAUUCACUCAUCUAAGAUUUGGUAUGGUGGAACCAAAAGUGAUGGCGCCGGAAGCGGUAUGGGUGUCACCGGACGACGAGACAAUAACACAGGAUCGGGCGGCAAUGGAGGAGGCCUCGGCGGCGUUCGGCGGCCGCGCGAGGUGUUUGGCGGCACCAACAAUGCAGUCUGCGGCGGCAACAUGUUGUGGUGCCAACACGGCGGCGGCAACAUGUUGUGGUGCCGACACGGCGGCGGCGGCAACGUGUGAUGACACCGAAACAGCGACGAACUGGUCUUGCGUCGGGAGAUCAAG